UUCAGUUCACCCGUCGGUUCCAACCUGCCAAGUCGUGCAGGUGUCGGGGAAAAACAUUCGUCGCCCAUCCACGGUCAGAUUCCGCGGAUAUUCCCCCGCCCUUAGUUGUGCCAGAGGUGCAGAGGCAAUUCGUGGGUCCAGUUAGGCGUGCGCGAUCGCCGAUUCGCGUUUUCCAAACCGUCAACGGGGGAAAAAAGGGUGCGACUCGAGUUUCGGCGACGGCGGGAAAAAACGGUCCAGUGUUACAGAGAGCCUGGUGCCGUAGGAGGGCUGCGAUUUAUGGAACCACCCCAUGGAUAGUAACAUGUCGACUGCCGCCUUCAUGCACCGGUCUGGUGGAUCUUCCAGCGCGCCCAGUGCUGGCAUGGUUCCAUCGACCGGUGGAGGUCCUGGGAACCCAACAGGAGGCGGUAGGAUGGCCGUCAUCGGUGUGACCAGGAACGUGAGACUGAGGCGACGAGGGGCAUCGGGAUUUGGUUUCUCUCUGCGAGGUGGCCGGGAAUACGCGGCCGGAUUCUACGUGAGCGACGUCCAACCCGGAGGAGAAGCCCACAGAAAUGGAUUAAGGGUUGGCGAUCAGAUCAUAAGGGUGAACGGGUAUCCGGUCGAGGACGCCGUUCAUCAGGAAGUCGCGCUACUGGCAAAAAACCAGCAAGUGCUCGUCCUCAAGAUUCGAAGCGUGGGAAUGAUACCAGUGAAAGAAUUACCUUAUGAUUUGCAAAGCAAUCCAAACGACCCGGUCACAUGGCACAUGGUGCAGCAGCAACAGCAGCAGUUGCAGUACAACGAGACUGGCAUGGGGGCUGUCCCGAGCACCGAGAUCAGGAUUCGUAUCCCCGUCGGCGAGAAGGGUCGAUUAGGAUGCGGCGUUUGCAGAGGCAUUGUGCCUGGACUCACCGUUCAGGGUACCAGAGACGAUGGACCAGCGAGAGCAGCAGGCUUGAAAGCUGGCGAUGUGAUCGUCUGGUGUAACGGGCAACGUCUGACCGAUCUUCCGUUCGAAAGGGCCAUCGAGGUAAUGAGAAGCUCCGCCGUUCUUGAUCUAAUAGUGCAGCGAUCCGCACCCAAUCACCUUUACGACUGCCCGGAACCGCUCUGGACCCGUGGUUCCAGUGGCUACGACUCUGAAACGUCGAGCCUCGCUGCUGCCAGUCCGCAACCUCAGCAGAAUCCUUCCUAUUCGCCGCAGCACCAUCACGACCCACGAAUGAACCAUCGAUAUCCUCGUGACGACGCCUGCAAUCGAAACGGAAGGAGUUGCUGCCCACUGGCUUUGUCCACCAGCAGUUGCAGCUCCUCCGAGUGGCCUCACGUGGAUCAGACUCAGGAAUGGACUCGCAAGCCAAAUAACACCACAGUGAUCCGCAUCAAUCAGAACCAGAACCAAAAUCACAGGCUAAUGGGAGGACCAGGUCACCCGAAUAUGGGAGGCAGCUACGAGGAUGACAUCGACAACGAGCCCCUGUACGAUCCUGUGGCGCCCAGGAUCGACUACGAGGUCCACGAUUUCGAUGCCAAUCCUCGCGACGAGGCGAAUCGUCGAUUGGCUUAUCGACGGGACAACUGCAGACAGCAGGACUACAUAUACGACGGGCCAGCCGACGACGUUCUCCCGUAUCACGGUUCCAAAGAAAACGGUUCGCAAGAUGGCAAUCGGCUAUCCGAGCUGCAAAUGAUGCAAAAGCCGAUCGAGGGCGACAGGAAAACGGUGACCACCGUGGAGGUGCAUCAAACUGUGUGCCCACCCGCUCCUCCGCCACCUCUUUCUUACAAGUGGCCAGCAGUGACACGAAGAAUCCGUGAUAUUCACGCAGAGGCCAAGCCAAUGAACGCCAUGGGUAUGCAAAUGGGUAGCACGAUGUCGAUGGGCAGCACAGGCUCGACGGAGACGGAGUCGAGCCUGGAGUCGUCCUGCAGCAAGGACUCGGCUUCCACCUCUUCGUCCUUGUCGACGUCCUCCUGCGAGCCGCCGUCGACGGUUUCCUACGGUUCGGUGACGGCAGCCUCGACUGGGACCAAUAAAACUAACGACACGGCGACCACCGUACACGCAACACCCCGCAAUUGCGUCACAAGGACGUCGCCGAUCGCCUGCACCGACCUAAGCACUGCCAUAACGCAAGAACUGCAGAGGCGAGCGCAGCAGAGGAGUAUGAACAACGCCGCCAAAACGGAAGCUGCUAAGGACAGGACCAUGGAGGCACGGAAACCUCAAAAUUCGGAAGCUCUGAGGGCGCAGGAGCAGAAGGUCACGCACGACAAGCUGAUGGAGGAGUUCAAGCGUGCCCACCGGAAGAUGUUCAACUCGGCUCAGCAAAAAGUACAUUUCUCCGAUCAGACGUCCGAGCAGGAACAAGAGAAGAGGGUGCUGAACACAGCGACGCCUGUCAUCCCGCCAGCGCCUCCAGCACCCCCGGUCUCCUCAGCUCCUCCUACACCUCCCACACCCCCAGCUCCACCAGCACCUCCGCCACUUCCUCUACUCUCCAAGUCCAAGAGCAACGAGGAGUCCGUGGAGAUGCAGAGCAUCGAGUCCUUCAAGCUGAAGGAAACGCCAAAUCCAGUAAUUCCAAAGCCACCAUCCACGUACUUCCCCAUGCAGAACUCGACGAUGACCGUGAACGGAAGCCCACGGCACACUGGGACCGGAAACAAGCCUGUGGCUAACGGAAAGGAGCCCUCGAUGAGUCCCGUAUCGGAGAUGUCGAAGUCAACCGUGCCACCGCCACCGCCGCCAGCUAUGAACGCACAAAUCGCAAAGCCAACGGGUGGAAAGGUCGCCAUUAGGAUAGGCGCCUACGAGGGGGAGGCUAAACCACCGUCUAAGCUGGAGUUCUUGUCUCAGCAGAAUCGCGUCGACAGGAACGGGACCAACGAGCUGGCGAACGGACCUGUGGUGUCCAGGCUGCAGAACGAGCUCGCCGCCACGUUGGAGAGAUCGAACUUAAGAAGAAAGACUGAGGGGGAACCGCAAGCAGGUAUUAAGCCGAUCCCCGAGAACGCACCAACGUCUAACAACGAGACAACGAAUUCGGAGCCCGGGAAGCUGCCUCAGAGUAACAUCGAGAAGCUCGCGUCCGCUCUGAACAAAGUCACCAUCAAAGUGAACCCGGAUCAUAAUAAUCGAUAAAGAACCUAGCUUAACGUUUAAGUCGGACGAAUCGAUUAGGAGAGUCCACCUUGUACCUCUGCCACAAUGUACAUUUUUGCACGCUCUUUUGAAACCUUACAUCGAUUAUAUUCUAGACAAAAGAGCGCUCCCCCUAUUGGCGAGCUUCUUUUUUACGUCUUUUAUCCGUACGUCUUUUUUUACAUGUUAUUUAUUAUCGUAUUAUAGCAAGUAAGGAGGACAAAAAAAAACGGCUAAUAAUCCUUAUUAACCGAGAUAAGGCACUGCGAAAUCUUUUACCACGUAGGCCCGUGUCUUUGAACUUAGUCCCCACCGUCACAGAUUUUGAUGUACGAGUCGUAGAACUCGAUGAAGGCAUCGAACUGAAAAAUAAAGACACCGAUAUGUA